AACACUUCCUUGCCCGAAAAGCACUGUUUCCAUCGUCAUCUUCCCCUCCCCCGCCGUCUCGCCUCGUCGCGCGAUCGUACCUUUCGAGGAAUAUCGUGUGCCGAGUUUCCGUGACUUCUUCCCGAUCGGUUUAUUCUUCCUGGCCUCGCAACUUCCGGUGUCCAACUAUUUUCCACCGUCGCCUCGUACGACUUUAUGCUUCUCGACUAGUCUCACAUGCCCGCCAACUCUUCCCGUACUUUUUCAUCUUUCCCCCGGAAUCAACUGGUACCCGAUAUGAAACAGCGACGUUCCUCGGCCCACCGCUGAUUCAACUGUGCUUUUCAAACGCGCGUGUGUCCGUGUUAAAGCUAACACAGUGAAAAGUGCUUUAAGAGUCUGUGCUACAUUCGCAAAGGACUUGUUUCUUGCUGAAAAUUCGUCGGAUUUAUACGAAAUUGAAUUCUCACAAUUCAGGCUCGAAGUUGAUGGUGCAUUGGAGUAUUCGCACGGCUGUCAAAGCUCAAUGGUGCGGGACAUCGCGGAUUUGACUGCGGUAAGGGGGUGAAAGUAAGGGAUAUUAGAAUCGGGAUGAUCGUGAUAUCGAAGAUGGAAGAAAGAGUGUGGUGCAAGCUCGUGAAGCUGAUCGGCUGAACGCCAGUAGUGGAAUCUCGCUAGUCAGUUGUUGUUUUUCUUUGCUUUCAAAUGAAAAAAGAGCGUAUAAACGAGGCUGUAAAACGCUGGCUUGUAAGAAGCUCCGUCAGUAUCUCUCCGUAAAAAUCUACAAAGUCCAUUGGAGCAUGCACAAGAUCGUGGUGAAGGGUACAAGACGAGCACGAAGAAGGACUCGUAGAAGAGCUUCCUGAAGUAGGUGACGUUGGUGGUGGAUCGGAGCGCCAAGUAUCAGUGAAGAAUAUACGCUUCGUGCUCGGUGGAGAAGCCAAAAGGAUGGAAAACUUGACAGCUCUAUUAAUCGAGGAAUGCAGCUCUAUUUACGACAAACUGGCCUGAAAAUAUAUCAAAAAGUUUCGUCGUUGCAUAAAUUGCUUCGUGCAUACUCAAAAGAGAAGUUUCAUCGACGCAGCUGCUCCACGAAGCUUGUUAUUAUUCGUCUUAUUAAAAUUAUUAUCAUUGAUGCAAGGAAAACUGAGCUGGGAUCGUCGAAUGAGAAGAGAGCAAAAACUAGUCUUUCAAUUAGUCUAAAAAAUAAGCCAAAUAAUAAAUCGACAAUUUUAUUACAAACAUUAAAAUACCAUUAUAAAGUAUUUUCGUUUUUCUCAAUACCUCACACGAAAAGAACAAUUCGACGCGUAUUUCGCAAGCCUCGAUACGACAUAGAUCCACUCUCACCGGCAUCGCCAAGGCUUCUCAAAUUAUCACCAUUUUUUUACAUCGUUGAACGAGCCUCGACGCCAAAGAAUUUGGUCUCAUUAAUCGAAUGCUAUUGUUCGCGGUAUCGAAACGAAGCCCUACAACGAAAGGUUCAAGGUGCCAAUAUUCUCAACGUCCCAAUUGUUCGUUGCAUGAAAACGUCUUCAUGGACAAUAUCGUUCCUAUUACAUCGUCCUCGACAUCGAGACCUCGCUCGGCUUUGAAGUUUUGUGGGUGAUCAGUGGCGUUCUAUUUCCCCCUGGAAUGUUGUGCUUCUAUUGUGAAUUAUCGGUAAUACGGUGGUGGUGCCCGUCACAAAAAAUAAACAUGUUUACUAUUUUCAUUGGGAUUCAGUGCUGAGGAUUUUUUCAUCUGCAGGAGGAAGAGUGUGCAGAGCCCGUCAAGCCGAUGGAUGAUGACCGAAGAUUCUUCGGACUCUUCGGAGUGGAGAUGACCACGAGGUUAGCGCCGCGUCGAGCACGUCCCGACGACGACGAGGAGGACGAAGAGGCCACCAACGCCGCCGCAGCCGCCGCUACUACUGCAGCGGCCACCGACGACGAGGUCGUAACUGUCGACUUUCGAAUAAACCCGGAACUUUUCAGCGAGCAACGCAGCCAUUGAUGCCAAGCGCCGCGUCGGCUCAGCAUCGAGGAAUGGGGAGCGUCGGGAGAAACGCGACCGGAACAGCGACGACGACUACAAGUUCGACAACGGAUCUUACGGGUACAACGGCGUCCCUGCCGGAAAUAGCGCCGACGCUCACCGAGCGAGAGUUACUCAAAAUCGAAUUUUACAAGACGUACGAUGUUAUGACAGGAGUUAGAAUAGCUGCCACGUUGGGCGGUUUUUUCGGUCUCAUGGUCCUUCUGGUGGUCUACAAGAGCAGAUGCAAGUCGAGUAAGCAGCUUGAGGAUCCACGACUGACCGCAGCCGCGGCCGCAGCAGUGGCGGAAGCGGAGGCCGAGGAAAGAGCGCUUGCUGCUGCACUGGAGGCGAUCGCGAGGUUACCACCCCGUCCGGGACGUGGUCCUAGAAGAUCAUUGUGCAUCGAGAUGAAUCAGCCGAUGAUAACAACACGUUUCGCAUCGGUCGGGGGUGGCUACGACGCCCUGUUGGCGCCACCUGUACGAGAUUCUCGACUCGCUCCACCGGGCAAUCACAGUCGAAGAUGCAGUUCCGUGACAUGUAGCAGCACCGGUAGCAGCUAUCUUGAGCGAAGAGGCUCCGCCAUGGUGAUGCCUUGUUUACCACCCCCUUCAUCCUAUCCACGCCAUGCAGCCUACGACGAGCCUUGGGAUCUUUACUACCCCAUCGAUAUUCAGGUGAUACAGCCAACGCCAGACUUGUCACCUUGCGGUAGUCAGAUUGGUCUGUACGGUGUUGGUGGAACUGGUGGCCGACGUGCACCACUGGCCUCGAUGGGCAGCGUUGAUCCACCGGACCCGGACUCAAGAUCGUUAGGUUCGGAUUCAGUGUUCCUCGAGGAGGAGAACGAGUCGAUAGGGACGGAAGAUGAAGUCUCAGGAUUUUCGACGGACUCGGACGCCCCGGGGCCAAGUUGCCGAAGAUUUUUACGCGUACCACCAAGAAAAAAACGACCCUUAGAGAGAUGGAACGGUUGCGCUGGUUGUGUACCACGACGACGAGCUGGCACCGAUCCAUGCCAGGUUUGCAUGACCAUCAGUGCCUCUGUCGAAGCACCCAGGUCGCCAGCAAUAUCUUCGACAACAAGCAGUAGUCAAAGCAGCGCCGGAUCGCCACCGUGUUCUUCGCCAAUUGAAUUAAGGCACCGACCGCCAGCGCCUCUGUCCACGACACCUCCAAUCUGGUCCCAAGAAACACUGUUCUAGAUUUAUAUAUACAAACACGUAUAAAUACAUAUACAUAUAUACAUACAUACAUACAUACAUACAUAUAUAUAUAUAUAAAUAAUAAAUAUACAUAAGGUAACACACGUAUAACGCGAAUGAUCACAAUCCCCCGACAAUUGAUACAAAACUUUUGACGUCGAUCGGCUGUUAGAAAUCUGUACGAGGCUGUACAUAGGUUCGGUCAGAAUCAAAGCGGAAUGGUGGCCACUCUCGUGUGAUUCUCCGUCUCUCUGCCAGAUGAGAUUUUUCCAAAAAAAAGAGAAAAACGAAAAAGCUAAGAUUUUUCUUUGACUUUACUAAGGAGGUUAAAACGACUCAACUAAGAGACAAUCAUUUUUCUAGAUGUUGCUAGAGAUUUUUCGAAAUGAGUGUGUAUAAGAAAAUCGAUAGUUCAUAACCGGGCGUCGACCUUUUGAAUCAGAGUCUUUCAUGAACUGCAAUUUUAUAUAUCAAAAGCAUCGAAGAUUUUUGAAAAAAAUAGUAAAAGAGAGAGAGAGAGAGAGAGUGAGAAAGGGGGACGGAGACAGAUCACGAUAAAGAUGUAGAAAAAGAGAGGAGGAAAAGAUUUCCGGUUACCAAGCGCGAGUGCGGUGCGAGACUUCCGCUCGAUUUAACCGACGAGCAGUAGAAAACGGGAGCAAAGCCAGCUUAAGCCUGCACAAACGAAACGAUUCGAUGCGACGAGCAAACGCCACACGGUCUAGUUUUCGCCCUCCCCCUUUCUCUCCCUUUCUCCUCUUUUCUCGUUUUACUUCUCUCAUUCACUUCUCCUCUCUUUCUUUUGCUCUUUACGCGCAAUGGUUCGUGGUCCAUGAGCGAGUCCGGAUAAUCCUUCGCCUGAUGAGAAAAAGAAAAAAGAGUGGAUUUGAAGGGGAGAGGAGAAAAGAGGAAAAUAAGAUAAAGGGAAAUGCCGAACAUCGUUUUUCGUCGAGACAAAACUAGACCCCUAAGAUGAUCGAUUUCCGAUUGCUCCACAAGGUUCUUUUCCUAUGUAAAACUUCAUCCAAUGGGAAUUAAGUCAACCACGAAUAUGUCUUCAAUAAGAUUUAACGGGAGUUCCACCAAAUGCAGCUUCCGAGUAUGCGAAAUAGAAGAGAUAUUGAAAAUGAGAAAAAAAUUAUUCAAAACCAUCCGUUUCGUCGGGAUCUCUGCAUAUUUUUCCAACUCCCUCCCAACGGAACAGGAUGCGACAAAUUAAGAGGGCUGCUAAUAAAAAGAACGCCCGCAUAUUUCGAAGCUUUGCAGAUUUGGAACGUGUUGCGAACUUUUUCCAUGCGGUUGGAACAUCACCUUGUUUUCAGGCAUUGAAAAGAAUCUUUGUACUUACUCCAAACGCAAAAUAACUACGUCUCAUCUUCCAACUAUUUUCUGGCUCAAUUAUUAAUCAACCACGAGUUCGUGUGACUGAAAGAAAUAAACAAAAGCAUUCACUCGUCAUUCUAUUCUUUCUCGUCGCAUCUGCUUAGAGCCAAUAGAUGAUGAUACAGAGAGACCGAGACAGAUAAGAGAGAACUAGCGGUAUGUUCGUUUUAUGGGCGAAGAUAGGUAAUUAUUUUUAUACGGUAGUGAUGAUAAUUGACAUGAGCAACCGAACUAUUGAGACAGUUCUCGCUGCACGAUCUGAGUCGGCCCAAAAUAAAAAGAAUAAAAAAUAAAAAUAAUAAUUAAAAAAAAAAACUACAACAACAAUAACGAAUUAAUCAAAUCUACGAAUCAAUUUACAGUUCUUGUCUGAAUUUAAUAACACUUUUUGUCACGAGCCAACGCGUAAUGUGGCUAUCUCAGGUUGACGAAGUUAUCGUAGUGUCUGGAAAUUACGUGGACCGAAUGAAAAGAAUCAAAGCAAUCGAUAACCGUCGCCGAUCGAAUGGGAUCGUUUACUAAGCACGUUAAUAACUUUCAUUAAAUAUUAUUUCGUUUUAUAACUCAAAUACCGUAUAAAAAUUCGACGAACUUUAAUGUUUUCACAUCGAAAGAUUCCAUUAAACCGAUUACCUGAUA